AUGUCAAACGGAGACGAUUCUAAGAGUAUUUUUGUCGGAGCCAGUUUGCAAACAACAAACAAUCAAUUAGUAAAAUGCAUCGAGGAAUUAAGAUUGAGGAGAGAUGAAGUUACCAGACAAAUAAUAAAGGAAGAGGAAGAGAAAAAUAGGAUACAAAACGAAUUGAGAGUACUUUCGGAGAAGCUAAAUCGCCUCAAUGAUGGUCUAAGUAGAAAGCUCCAAGCUAAGCAAGAAUACGAACGAACAUUACAAGAAACAGAAGCAGCAUAUAAUAAGAUUUUGGAAAGUUCUCAGACACUGCUUCAUGUAUUGAAAAGAGAAAGUGCAAGUCUUUCGAAGAAAGUUGGACAAUAA